GAAAGGGGCGUCUUUGUUUCAAUUCUACCAUCUUCUUGUUUUCUGCCAUCCGAGCCUAUGCUACAAGUCGCAUUUGAACGCGGCUUUUUUUCUCCAUUCCUGCUCCUGUUCCAGCUCCUGUUCCUGCUCCUGUUCCAUUCUUAGGCAUUGAAAUCCUAUGCGCAAAAUGAUCCUCUGAGCAGCCUCAGCUUUGGGCGCUGCCUGCCCUUCGCUCCGGAUGUCCGUGGGGAAGGGCUCUGCGCAAACAAUAAUGGCGCCCCGAUUUUUCUGUCCAACGCGAGCCUUGUUCCGCGCGAUUCGAUAGCAACGAGCCACUUGCUCCCUCCCCUCCCACCCCCUCCGAACCCGAGAGUGCUCUGCGGUCCCGAGGCCAGCCCAGUGCCCGCCCGUGCUUGCUUCGGCCCUCCGAGCACAGCGCGAAGGCGCGACCGUUCCCCAUCCGCCUCUCUGCUGGGGCUGUCUCGGCGCGACCAAGAGGCGAUGGCCCAGCUCUCAGCUCCCGCUUCCAACAUGCUAGUGGCGAACCGCUUGGCCAAGCAAUGUCGCAGCAAAGUCCAAGCGGGCUGCCCAUCCGUGCAGGCUUGGGUCCCACUGUGCUUGCUGGCCACCGGACGACGACGACGGAUGUCCCGAUGUGCUUCCUGGAGCUGCUCUCAUCUCCGGGAAACUUCCCCAAUCCCGCUGUCUUGUGUCGGACUCCUGAAGUCAGGUCCAGCGUAUAUAUAUAUUCAGACAAUACCACGGUCUAGUACAUCUCAGUCUAACCAGAGAAUCAUCCUCAACCCACUACGCUCUGCCUUCCCUACUCUUCGCUUUUCAACAAGGUACCCCCAGCCUUAGAAUUAGACUAGAUCCGUUCGGCCCAACUUCCCCUCCCCGCAGCCAUCACCCCGCACAUAGCCUUGUGCCACAUCUUCCUUCCCCCCACAUCCCACAUCCGCCUUACACACAAUGUCUCCCGCCACCACCACCGAGUUCAACCCCAGCCGCCCAUUGGCUGGCAAGGUCGCCCUCGUCACGGGCGCCGGCCGCGGCAUCGGACGCGGCAUCGCCAUUGAGCUCGGGCGCCGUGGCGCCGACGUCGUUGUCAACUACGGCAGCAGCAGCAAGGCCGCCGAGGGCGUCGUCGCCGAGCUGGCCGAGCUCGGGUCCAAGGGAGUGGCCAUCCAGGCCGACAUCAGCAAGCCCGCCGGGGUCGUCGCGCUGUUCGACAAGGCCAUCGAGCACUUUGGCGGCGUCGACAUCGUGUGCUCCAACUCGGGCAUGGAGGUCUGGUGCGACGAGCUCGAUGUGACCGAGGAGCUCUUCGACAAGGUCUUCAACCUCAACACAAAGGGCCAGUUCUUCGUCGCCCAGCAGGGCCUGAAGCACUGCCGCCGCGGCGGCCGCAUCAUCCUGACCUCGUCCAUCGCCGCCGUCAUGGCCAACAUCCCCAACCACGCCCUGUACGCCGGCUCAAAGGCCGCCGUCGAGGGCUUCUGCCGCGCCUUCGCCGUCGACUGCGGCGCAAAGGGCGUCACCGUCAACUGCAUCGCCCCCGGCGGCGUCAAGACCGACAUGUUUGACGAGAACUCGUGGCACUACGCCCCCGGCGGAUACAAGGGCAUGCCCCAGGAGAAGAUCGACGCCGGCCUUGCCAGCGUCAACCCGCUCAAGAGGAUAGGCUACCCCGCCGACAUUGGCCGGGCCGUCUCCAUGCUCGUCAGCGAGGAGGGCGAAUGGAUCAACGGCCAAGUUAUCAAGAUGACUGGUGGUGGUAUCUAGAUUCCCAGCAAGGGGUGUGUUUUUUUUAGAAUGGAGUUUUAUGUGGUCGGACUUGGCUGGUCAGGCAGGAACAGGUGCGUCAUCACAGUGAUCGUCUAGUGUUCCAUAGAGGUGCCGCCGACAUGGGGGCUGGCGCACACCAUCUCCAAGUAAAAUAUAUGAUUUGUGUUCAUUAUUCAUUUCUGC